AAGUGAAAAUAUGACACACUAGUCACUGAGCUUUAAGCAUCAGUAAUGGAGGUCACACAUCUUUGGGUCCAAAUCUUAAAUACUAUUUUAGUCUUGCUUGUGACCCAGCCUGCAUCGAGUUACACUGUUCAGACACCUGAUUUCCCUGUCGUUUCUCCAGACAGACUUCAGUUCUUUGAAUAUGAGACAGUCUCUGUAAAUUGUGGUAGAGAAGAAGACGUUAAUGCAUGGAGAGUGAUGAGAAAACUUCAUAAAAUAAGUCAAGCAAAUAUUUCUCAAGACUGCAGCACCCCAGUUCCAUCCUGUACAAUUCAACAUACUUUCAAAAGACACAGUGGAGAAUACUGGUGUGAAAAUGAUAAAGGAGAAAGGAGCCGUGCUGUCAGUAUUUCUGUUACAGCUGGUUUAGUGAUCCUGGAUGUUCCAGCUCAACCAGUGAAGGAAGGAUCUGAUGUGACUCUUCAUUGUAUAAACAAGAACACAGAGAAGACACACAUAAGUGAUUUCUACAAAGAUGGCAAACACAUUGAAACCUUCUAUAUAAAGGGUAUGACCCUCUCCAAGGUCUCCAAGACAGAUGAAGGAUUUUACAAGUGCAAAAUAUCUAGUGUAGGAGGAGAAUCUCCAGAAAGCUGGAUGGCUGUUGUCAAACCAGGAGAGGAGGAAGGAUCGGAUGAAGAGACAAAACCAGAUCUGCCGCUUAUAUUCAUCAUAUCACUGGUAACCUUUUUAUCCCUUCUGUUUCUGGUGAUCGGACUGAUUCUCUGCAAAAAGCACAAAGGUAAAGCUAAAUGA